UUUUACAGGGAGAAUGUUCGUCAACAACUCAACUCUUUCAAAGCAAAUGGUUUUGUUCAAAGGGUGCAGAGACGGGAGCAGUGUUUCACAAAUCGUACUCACCACCAUCAUCAUCAUUAUGUCAAUCAUUAGUAACGGUGCAAUCUGUUGUCUUUUGGUUCGUUUUCGCAGUCUUCGAACCGUUCCCAACAUCCUAGUUGCAAACUUGGCUUUCAUCGAUGUUAUCAAUGCUAUUACUAACAUGCCCCUGUUUAUUAUGUGGUACUUGUGUCAAGUCCGUUUCCUAACUGGACCAGCGGUUUCUUGGAUUAUAGUGACGUGGUACGUAUUGUUCAUGUAUCUCACUGUAACAUCGCUAGUGGUUCUUAUGUUAGACCGUUAUGGUGCCAUAGUGCACGGCUUGAAGUACCAUACGUGGAAGACRAAGAAUAAAGCUGCUUUCGCUGUUAUUGUAAUCUGGUUGAUAGCAAUGUCAUACACAUUGGGGAUGUUUAGUUUGGGAGUUUCCAUUGAUGUCGGUAACAUGCCAGUUUGGAUUUAUCGCAUUUAUUACUUUAAGAAUUUCGGCCGUUCAUUUUUAAUCCCAGGUCAACUCAUCCCUUUCGCUUUCAUGGUUAUACUGGGUUUCCUUAUUUGGCGAAAGGURCGCGUAAGCACUCGUGCUAUAGCACCGCAAAGUAAUGUGGGUAAAAGAGUUAGAAGUGACGUCCAGACCGCAAAGACUCUUGCAAUAACUAUAUUGGCGUAUUUUUUGAUGGGUUGCUUCCCAGUCCUUCUCCAUAGCAUCGCAAAACUUCAUGGUUCGUGGAUUCAUUUUUCAGCGUUUUUCUUCACGUUUUUGAACAGUAUGGCAAACCCGGUGAUCUAUUCACUACGUACGAGACGGUUCCGUGCUGCGUUGCUGCUGCUCUUACGGGAUCCCUGUGGUGAUAGCCAACCAACUGAUAAAAAGUCACGAUCAAUGAAUUCAUCAACAGUUGCCACAAACACAAAAAUGACAACCUUUGUAUCUGAUGUAGAAAACAGAGUGUUUUAACAAU